GCUUAUCCCGGGACGGGGCUCAGCCGCGGGGUCCGGGACGGCGCCGCCGCCGCGGGCAGGACAAGAUAGGCAGACAAGAAUCCUGUGCUUCAGGACAGUUACCAAUGACCAGCCUCAGCUUCCUUUUCUAUGCUCUGGAAGAAUGGACUGUUGUGGAGUUCCUGAAGAAAUACUUUUUUCAUCUGAUCAUUGCCUCACUGACAAUCAGUGCAAUAUUAGUUUUUUUUAUAGUUCCUUUAACAAUUGUCGUUUUCAUUUACCUUACUAAUAUUUUGCUUUUAAUAUAUCAGAGGAACAAUGAGUUAAAAGCAGAUCCCUUGAGUGAUGUUUGGAAUCGUGUAAGAAAAACUAUAGCAAGCUUUUGGGAUAUAUAUGCAAGAGUAUGGCACGGUUAUGAGCUUCAUGGUGUGAAAAACCUCCCAGAAGGACCAGGCAUUCUUGUGUAUUACCAUGGAGCUAUUCCUAUAGAUUACCUUUACUUUUUGUCUAGACUGUUUCUGUGGAAGAGAAGACUUUGCCUGUCAGUAGCUGAUCAUUUUGUGUUUCGUUUACCAGGACUCAGAUUAUUGUUGGCAGUGACGGGUGUUAUACCAGGUACGAGGGAGGAGUGUCUUGGUGCCCUGAAGAAUGGGUACUUGGUGUCCAUCUCGCCAGGUGGAGUUCGAGAAGCUCUGUUCAGUGACGAAAGCUAUCAGCUCGUGUGGGGAAAUCGAAAAGGCUUUGCUCAGGUCGCUUUAGAAGCAAAAGUGCCCAUCAUUCCAAUGUAUACUCAAAAUGUCCGUGAAGGCUAUAGGAUGUUUAAAGAAAGAAGAUUUUUUAGACAGUUAUAUGAAAGCACUCGAUUGCCUUUUACUCCUCCGUAUGGAGGACUUCCAGUUAAAUUUCGCACAUACAUUGGGAAGCCAAUCCCUUAUGACCCAAAUAUAACUGCAGAAGAAUUAGCUGAAAAGACAAAGACUGCUGUCCAGGCUCUCAUAAGCAAGCACCAAACAAUCCCAGGCAACAUAUGGAAGGCUUUACUGGAGAGAUUUGAUAAACGUCAUAAAAGUGAUUAGAAUGCUCAUGUUUAUUGCAUUGGUUUUACAGCAUACAGUAAAAAACAAUGUCCUACAGCACUGGUGACAGUGUUAACCAGUUUAAAUUACAAAUUUCAACA